ACAAGCAAAGGGGUGUGUGUGUGUUUUUCUACUGACAAGAUUUGUUCUCGUUAAUAAGGCUGGUUGUUUCUGUCCUAAAACAUAAUCUGCAAAAACCUCCCCGUGCAUCAUUCCGGAGCUGCGGAUACUGCAUGGGUCAGAUACAGUAGCCUGCAGCAGUCUGAACGGAGGAUACGGCGCUUCAGAGGCUCAAAGCUCAAGGGGAGGAAGUGAAAACAGACCAAACAAUCAAAAGAGGUCAAGUUUGGACUACAUGAUCUUUUGACUUGUCUUCUGUAAAUAACUUUCUCCUGGAUUAGAAAUCACCACUUUGGAAAGUGCCUCCAGCAUCCAGCCAACAGUAAAGAAGACUAAUGCUCAUGAACCUUCCCUCCAAGCCUUUCUCCAGAACACUGCCUCACCUCUAAGCUUUGUGUGAGCAGAGAGAGCCGACAACAUGGCGCUCAGCAUCCAGCCAUGGCCUCCUUUACUCUGGCUGUGCGUGGGAUUGCUUCUUUCCUUUCUGUCUCCCACAGAUGGCAAAGAAUGUCCACAUUUGUGUGUAUGCGACAUCCGUCCUUGGUUCACCCCCCAGUCAACCUACAAGGAGGCAACAACGGUGGACUGCAAUGACUUGAGGCUCACACACAUCCCUACCAACUUGUCUACCGAUACUCAGGUGUUGCUGCUCCAAAGUAAUGCCAUUUCCCACACUAGUGGAGAGCUGGAGGCGCUGUUCAAUUUGACAGAGUUGGAUCUAUCCCAGAACAACUUCAGCACAGUGGAAGCUGUGGGCCUCACAAGCAUGAACCACCUGACCACCCUGCACCUAGAGGAGAACCAGAUCAGCCAGCUGCCAGACCACUGCCUGGGAAACCUCUCCAACCUCCAGGAGCUCUACAUCAACCACAACCAGAUAAGCUCUAUUUCCCCUCGAGCAUUCGCAGGCUUGCACAGCCUGCUUCGCCUUCAUCUUAACUCCAAUAAGCUCCAUGUCAUAGACAGCCGCUGGUUUGAAGAAACACCUAACCUUGAGAUCCUCAUGAUUGGGGAGAACCCAGUUAUUGGCCUCCUAGACAUGAACUUCAAGCCUCUAGGAAGCCUGAGGAGUCUGGUCCUGGCUGGAAUGGACCUUACUGAUGUUCCAGCGAAUGCUUUUGUAGGUUUGGAUGCCCUGGAAAGCAUUUCUUUCUAUGACAACAAACUGGUGAGAAUCCCUCAAUUGGCCCUUCAGAAAGUUCCCAAUCUGAAGUUCUUGGAUUUGAACAAAAAUCCAGUUCACAAGAUCCAGGAAGGAGAUUUCAGGAACAUGUUACGUCUCAAGGAGCUGGGUAUCAACAACAUGAUGGAGUUAGUGUCAGUUGACCGCUAUGCUCUAGACAACCUGCCAGAACUGACAAAGCUGGAGGCCACCAACAACCCUAAGCUGUCUUACGUGCAUAGGUUGGCCUUUAGGGACAUGCCCUCUUUGGAAAGCCUGAUGCUCAACAAUAAUGCCCUCACUGCCCUUUACCAGCACACCGUGGAGGGGUUGCCUAAUCUGCGGGAGAUCAGUCUGCAUAGCAACCCAUUGCGUUGUGACUGCGUCAUUCAGUGGAUGAGUUCCAACAAGACCACAGUGCGCUUCAUGGAGCCCUUAGCGAUGAUCUGCAACUCCCCACCAGACCUCAGAGGGCAGCGGGUUCGAGAGCUAAGGUUGCUGGAGGCUCCGGAGCAAUGCCUGCCCCUCAUAUCCCACAACACCUUCCCCGGUCACUUGAACCUAGAGCUGGGUAUGAGCAUCAGUCUUGACUGCAGAGCCAUGGCCGAGCCAGAGCCUGAGAUCUACUGGGUGACUCCUCUUGGGAACAAAAUCACAACAGACACUGUGUCUGAGCGAUACCACUUGAACAAUGAGGGGACCCUGCGGCUUUCUCAUGUUCAGGUGGAAGAUUCUGGCCAUUACACAUGCGUGGCCCAGAACACAGAAGGAGCUGACACAAGGGUUGCCAGCAUCCGUGUGAAUGGCACCCUGCUUGAAAGUGCCCAGGUGAUGAAAAUCUAUGUCAAGCAGACCGAAUCGCACUCCAUCUUGGUCUCCUGGAAAGUCAAUUCUAAUGUCAUGUCCUCCAACCUGAAGUGGGCCUCAGCCACCAUGAAGAUUGACAACCCACACAUCACAUAUACUGCUCGUGUCCCUGUGGACGUUCAUGAGUACAACCUCACACACCUUCAACCUGCCACUGAGUAUGAGGUAUGCCUCACCGUCUCUAACGUCCACCUGCAGACUCACAAGUCCUGCGUUAAUGUGACAACACGUAGCGCUACCUUCGCCCUGGACCUGUCAGACCAGCACCCUAGUGCGGCUGUGCUGGCUGUCAUGGCGACCAUGCUGGCCUUCCUCAGUCUGGCCACUGUGGGCAUCUACAUUGCCCGCAGGUGGAAGAGGAAAAACUACCACCACUCUCUGAAGAAGUACAUGCUGAAGACUUCCUCAAUCCCCCUGAACGAGCUUUACCCUCCGCUCAUCAAUCUGUGGGAGGCAGAGGGUGAGAAGGACAAGGACGGCAGCGCAGAGGGAAAACCCUCUCCUGUUGACACCACACGUAGUUAUUACAUGUGGUGAGGAUUGAGAAGGGAGGCCUGGCUGCCUCUCCAGCAGCACAAAAAGACACACUUUUGCCAUUUUGGUGCAAAAGCCGAAUAAAGUUGCAAAUGUUUUUUUGUAUUCUCAGCUUUGCUAUUAAGAGGCAGAGUGAUCAAGGACAGGAUUUUUAUUAGUAUAGCGUAUCGCCUUUGUUUGAUUCUUUCUAUCUUUUAAUUAUUUUGGACUCUCAAAGAUGGCAGCUGUAUUUAGCCUCCAGGUUGUCUUUGUUGCUAUGCUCUUGUUUCUG